ACUGCCAGUUAUUAUUUGCGAAGGCGAUAUUGGCGUGGACGACAAAACAGACAUAAAUUACCAAAACAAACGUGUUCCUAGCAGAUAGGGGUAUUUUACGUGUCUAUUAAGUUUUUUAUUAUUAUUUUUUUUAUCCGCGCGAGUGCAGCCCUGUGGUGUGGGCUGCAGCGGCGCGCACCGUGCUAGCGGUAGCAGCCGCAGCCCGUACGCCUAGGCCGCGCUGCACCGGACGGCACGGUCCAGCUCUACUACGGCGCCGCCAGCCGCGUGUCCAACACUGCACGGCGGAGGAAGGAAACAUGCCCAGCGUCAAGGGCUCUGCUGUGUUCACCAUGCCGCGUGCUUUUCAUCACGCUCGAUUACACCGCGUCCGUACAAACUGAAAGCUUCUCGAAGUCUCGUAGAAGCGGCGGUGGCGGCGACAGCACCACAACUACAGUGUGUUGGGAUAAAACAUGUCGGAGACAAGACACGGAGGCCAACAGCCUGAAAAUUAACCAGCUGAGGAGUGCAAAAGAAAAUGGAAGAACAUGAGAGACCGGUACUUGAAAGAAGUCCGAAUGGAGAUCAAAAGCAAGAAGCAGGGGGAGAUCGUACAGAGUAGAUGGAAAUACAGACAACUUAUGAAUUUUAUUGCACCCUUCACUGGAUCAAGGAGUGGAGUUGCAGACAUCUGCGGCAGCAAUGAUGAUGACCAUGACAACCCUGACAACGAAUCUGGCAGCGCAGAGGGAGAAACCCCUUCGUCUGAGGCGGUCAAGACGCCGCAGUCUGUCAUGAAGGUCCCUGCAAGUCAACCUGACCUCAAGCCCCAGGUAGCAUUUGUGACGCAACUUCCUUCGAUGUCUCAAGACACACAGAUGGCCCAGCUGGCCGUUAUGGCCAAGCUGCCGUCGAGCCCACAGAUCGCCCCUGUCAGCAAAACUGGACGGAAACGGCGCCUGGUGCAAGACUCACUCUCAUCGCCUUCUUCUCAACGCACACCAUCUCCCACAAAGUGGCUGGUCAAAGACAAUGGCACCUCAUUUCCCACCAGGCCACGGGAUGAGGAUGAACUGUUUCUCCUGAGCUUUGUCCCAGCUCUGAAGCGACUUGCUCCACAGAAAAGGUGCGAGACAAAAAUAAAAAUCCAGCAGAUUAUGUACGAAGCAGAGUUCAACAUUGCACAGUCAGAAUCUCAAGAGAAACAGACGGAGCAAGAAACACAGGACUAGACCAACCUGACUUUUUUUUGGUACUUUAUUGUGUUUUCUAUAAACCUCUUCCACAAAAUGACCAAAAUAUCUAUUUUUCUUCUUUUUUUUUACAGCAUUAAGUGGUUGAGUUUGCAGUACAUCUUUUUUCAUGUCAGAAUGAAAAAUAACAAAAACUAAUUAUACUUUUCAGCUGAUCUUAGUAUUGAUCAAGUCAUUUAAAUUUUUCACACCACUUUGAUUUGGUGUA